CAGUUCUCUCUCUCUCUCUCUCUCUCUCUCUCUCUCUACCCUAUAGCCCGGUCAAGUCCUCCCUCAGGCCCCCAAAAGAAUUAAUGGCCCCACUACUCUCCACCGGCGAACAGUGCCGCCGCCACUGCGGCCGGGCCCCUCCUCUGACCACCACCCUUCUACUCCUCCUCCUCUUUUUGAUCUCUUUGCAAGUGGUCUCCGCGAACGAGGAGAUCAGUAAGAGCAAGGGUGGCUGCGGGGCGGACGACCCGUCGUCUUCCCUAGGGCGGUGCAGGAAUGGGCCCGAGGCCAUGAAGCUGAAGGUCAUCGCUAUCGUGUCAAUCCUCGCUGCGAGCAUGCUCGGGGUGUGCCUCCCGAUGUUCACCCGGUCCGUUCCGGCCCUCAAGCCCAACAGUAACCCGUUCGUGAUCGUGAAGGCUUUCGCGUCGGGUGUGAUCCUCGCCACAGGUUACAUGCAUGUCCUCCCUGACUCGUUCGAGUACCUCAACUCCGACUGCCUGCCCGCGGAUCCCUGGGCUAAGUUCCCGUUCACCACCUUCAUCGCGAUGCUCUCGGCCGUUGCCACCCAGAUGGUGGAUUCUUUUGCCAUGUCUUACUACCGGAAGCUCAGGGCGAGGACGAGCGGCAGCGGUACCAGAGUCAGUGGUCAGGCAAAGGAUGGGGUUGUGGCAGCCGAGGACGGCAGGGGGAACGGGCUAGAGCAUGUUCAUGGCGGUCCUGGAGAAGAUCAUCUUGGCGAUGGGGAAUCUCAGCUUCUGAGGCACAGAGUUGUAGCUCAGGUUUUAGAGCUGGGAAUAGUGGUGCACUCAGUGGUGAUAGGACUCUCAAUGGGGGCCUCGGACAAUGCUUGCACCAUCAAGUCGCUCGUGGCUGCUCUUUGCUUUCAUCAGCUCUUCGAAGGGAUGGGCCUCGGCGGCUGCAUCCUCCAGGGGGAGUUCGGACUGAAAGUGAAGGCGAUCAUGGUGUUCUUCUUCUCAAUCACCACUCCUCUGGGGAUCGUGCUCGGGAUCGGCCUGUCAAACGUGUACAGUGAGAGCAGCCCGACUGCCCUGAUUGUGGUGGGCCUGCUGAACGCGUGCUCAGCCGGGCUACUGAACUACAUGGCCUUGGUGGAUCUAAUAGCAUUGGAUUUUAUGGGGCCGAAAUUGCAAGGGAGCAUGAAGUUGCAAGUCUUUGGUUAUGGUGCUCUUCUGUUGGGUGCUGGAGGCAUGUCAUUGAUGGCAAAGUGGGCUUGAAUUUAACAAAUAGGGAAGUUUUGUUUUAGGAGAAAGUAAUAAAAAGUAAUGAAUUAGGGAUUUUAUUCCUUAAUUAUGUCCAGCUUAUUUAUUUAGUUUUAGGAGAUUAUUAAUUAUUAGGUGUCUGGCAAAUUCUAAAUUUCAUUUUCAACGGCAAUUCUGUUGCUUCGUUUUUUUCCCCCUUCGGUAGAGCAGAGCAAUUCUAUUGUUUUAUUAAUAACUAUUACUAUUAUAAUUCUAUUGUUUUAUUUAUAUCCAAUAAUAUUAUAAAAGACAAGGGAGGGUCUUGGUCCCUUUUUUA